AUGCUGAACGGCGAAUUGCAGCGUCAGCGGAUUGGAUUAUUUCAACAACUUGUAGAAAUGAACGACGCCAGUAACGAGCAGGAACAACAAGCGACGUGUGAACUCGAAAUGAUCGCCGUUUGGCCGUUCACCGGCGGGCCGCCACCAGCUGUGCCGUACGCGGUGGAGGGGAGCAUCGUCGUCGGCGGUGGCAGAGAGCGCUUGCGUUCGGGCCAUAUGGAAACACAGAUUUCUAAAAAUAAUGACUUAGAAGUCGAUGAACCAGUAUAUAAGUUAGUAAAUGACAAUAGUGAUACUUCCUCAACAUCAGAUGACAAUAAUUAUAAUAACAGUGAUCUUGAAAAUGUGUUAACUUUCAAUUCGGGUCCUGAUGAUGGAGAAAUUGCUGAUUCAUUAAAUGAAAACUUUGAUGAUAUUCAUGAACAAUUGAAAAAACAAUUUGAAAAAAUUGUAACUGAUAUUGUUGCCCAAAAUAUUGAUGGUAUUUUCUGUGUUACUCAUACGCUUCAAUUAGCAGUAAUUGAUAGUCUCAAAGGUAGUACUGUUGAAAAACUAUUAAAGAAGAUGAGAGUCUUAGUUGAGAAGCUAAGAAACCAAACUUACUUAUAUCUUAUUAAAAAAGAAAAAUUAAAGUCACCAGUUCUGUACUACUUGACUAGAUGGCAUUCUACAGUGGACAUGCUUGAAAAAGUACAAUGUUUAAGACCUUUUAUUUUAUACAUGUCAGCUAAUGAUUCAAAAUUGAACAAAUUGUGCAUAAGUAGUUUUGAAUGGCAACAAGAUGCCCUGUGCAAAGCUUUAUUACUAUUUUUUUUCUGUAUUAACGAGGACCGGAGAGAGAACCACAAUUUGCAUUACAGCUCCCCGAAAAGCUUUACUACCUGCCAAGAUAUAAACAAAAAAAUUGCAAUCUGAACAGCUGAUAUUAACAGAUUUUUAUGAAGCAUGGCUAACUUGUAAAAUUCAAACACAAUCAUUCAAUACAAAUUUUUCAAAUAAUUUAGUACAGUGUUAAAUUAUAAGAGAACAACAUAUAAUGAACAACAACGUUUUAUUAUCCGAUAUAUAUCUGGAUCCCUGUUUUAAAAAUGGUAUCUGUUUUAUAAAUUCUUUGCUGCAUAGGUUUUAUCAAAAAAAAAUUUGUAUUGCUUAGUGCUUACACAAGAUAAUACAAUUCAUAGGAUCUGUUCUGAUCCUUUGAUAGGGUGGGGGGGGGGGGUGUAACCUCCUACCAUAAAGUCGGGAAUUGUCAUUUCCAGUCGACAUUUUAAAGGAAUUUUCAAGAUGCUUAUCUCCUAAAAUUUUAACAUUUUUUAAAAAAAAAUUUUUCCUUUAACUGAAGUUUUUCGUAAUUCGUAAUGGCUGAUUGCAGUCGGCAGAUAUUACAUUAAGUUCUUAAUUUUUAUGUAUGAUAAAUAAUAUAAUAUAAUAAAACAUAUAAAACUGGAAUAUCUAGGUAUACUCAUUGUUAUCAUAUGAGUAGGAGUGAGUGGUCUACGGUGAAACAUGAAGUUCAUCAAUAAGGCAAGUGGAAUAAUUUAGUUAUGGUUAAUCAUAUAGACAAUACUAUUAAAUAGAUCAGCCAUUGCCAUGUUAAAUAUUAGAACUGUGUACAGCACUCUUGGUGGCUGAUGUAUGAACUAAUCUUGAAAAUUGCGGUAUUUUCAAAAUGUAAACAUUUGAGAGUUUUAUUUUAUUUCCUGUUUUCUGUCGCAGUGUCAUACUAUUUAUUAUUCACA